AAAUUAUGUUAUAGUGAAAAAAUAAAAAAAUAAAUAAAUGAUAAGACGAAGGUUUUUUAAAUUCUAGGGUUUUACACAGUUUCGUCUUCCAUAAGAAUCGGAGGCUCUGUGUAUUGUUAAGGUUUGGGCUUGGAACAUGUAUAGGGAUCGUGGUGGGGGGUCUUCGAAAUUGGAGAUGGUCGGUGGUCCGCUCGAUCUGAAGCGUAUCAACGAUGCUCUUGAUAAGCACCUUGAGAAAUCUUCGCCUUCGACAUCCAGAGCUUUGAGUAGUAAGGACAAAGAGACUUUUUUCAUACCGUCUACAUCCACCGGUAAAUCUCAGCUCGAUCACUGCGACUCUCGCUCCGCCGCUGCCGCCGCCGUGUCUCUAUGCAAGAAUAAAUGCUCCGAUGGUCUAGAAGAAUAUCAAUCAGACAAAAGCAAAUGCCAAGAACACUUUGAUAUUUACAAGGAAUGCAAGAAAAAGAAGACCAUCAAGAAAACCCAAGGCCGCCGGAAGAUUGAAAUCAAGGAGCUUGAAAACAAGAGCAACAAACAAGUUACUUUCUCGAAGCGCCGUGCGGGUCUUUUCAAGAAAGCUGGCGAGCUGAGUGUCCUUUGCGGUGCUGAGGUCGCCGUCAUCGUCUUCUCUCCCAAGAGCAACGUCUUCUGCUUUGGCCACCCGAGUCCCGAGACCGUAAUUCACCGCUACAUUUACAGCACCACCACUAGUAGUAACAUUAACACUUUUAAUUCUUCGGAGGUGGCGGUGGCGGCAUCGGCUGCCGCUGCCGCAGCCGGAAGAGAGGUGGUGCCAGUGGAAGAGUUCAACAGGGAAUAUAGAGAAGCCAUGAAAGAGUUGGAGGUAGAGAAGAAGAGAGCGGAGGAGGUGAAACUUGCAGCCGUAGAAAAGAAGGCGGCGUGGAGUGGGAGGUUCUGGUGGGAGGAAGAGACGAUCGAUGGGAUGAAGUUGGAGGAGUCGGAGCAGUUCAUGGCUGCUUUGAUGGAGAUGAGAAGGAAAGUUGUGAAUAGGAUUGAAGAGUUGAAGAAGAAUAGUGAUGCCGCUCUGCCGUUGUCGGUUUCGGAUUUUCAUGGAGGUAGUGGUAUUAAUAAUCAUGGUGGGUUUGAUGGAGAUCUUAGUCUUGUUGGUGGUAGUGGUGGAGGAGAAGAUGGAUCAAGUUGUUUUGGGUUUGGGUUUGAAGGGGUUUACAGCCCAUCCAACAUCUCUUUGAUAUUUGUUCCUCUGCAACCUAAUCAGAAUUGCUCAGAGCUGUGUUUGGUUGAACUGCAAUUUUGAUUUCAUAUAACCCACAGACUGUUCUUAAUUUCUUUAUUUCCAACCUUUGAAUACAGGGUGUGUUAAUUAAAAGAUUGCAUAUUUGUGUGUUUGGUUGGUCCAUAUAAUUAAUUUAUAUAAAAUAUUUGCAUACAA